UGCAGCGGCCGAACCACAACUCCCAGAAGCCCUUUGGGUGUCGGUCUGGCUCUGAAAGUGAAAACAAACUUCAGGGCUGCCCGUUUCAGGGAAGGAAAGCGCCACAUGUUUCGUUUCUCUUUUGUUUCCGCUCCGGGAGCCCAGUGAUGCGUAAAGGGAGCGGGCGAGAGCCGCCUUCCCAAGCGGGGCAGCAGGAGGAGCGCGCAAGUUCUCCGCGCCGGGCUUGAAGCCAAGGAAACUCCGGCGGGAAGGCCGAGCAAGAAGCGGCAGACGCUGCCGCCGCCCGGUGCAUGCGGGGCGCCUCGCAGGAGACCUGCGAACGGGAGUCCGGUUCCCGCUGCGCCGCCAGCCGCCCUUGGAGCGAGGGGCUUGAGGUGCAUCUCUCCCGCUUUCUCCUGCAGCAUGUGGGGCUGAAGCCGCGAUUUCCCUGCAACCCCCGGAGCAAUAAAUAAACAUGGAGGCGACGGCUGCUACGGCUGCUGCAGAAGAGAAGCCAGGUGGCGAGGAGCAGAGCCCCCCGGGCUCGGGCGCGGAGGCCCCGCCGGAUUCCUCCAUGGACGCCUGCCUGCGAUCUCAGGGGUUGUACCGCAAGCGAGUGGCGAAGGACGGGUCAUGCCUCUUCCGAGCCGUGGCGGAGCAGGUUUUCCAUUCCCAGGCUCAACAUCUGGACAUUAGGAUGGCUUGUAUACACUUCCUGCGGAACAACAGAGAGCAUUUUGAAGCGUUUAUAGAGGGACCAUUUGAAGAAUACCUGAAGAGCCUUGAAAACCCUCAGGAAUGGGUCGGACAAGUGGAAAUAAGUGCCCUUUCUCUUAUGUACAGAAAAGACUUCAUAAUAUAUCAGGAACCAAAUUCUGCUCCUUCGCAUGUAACUGAAAAUGGCUUUCCUGACAAGGUAUUGCUGUGUUUCACCAGUGGAAGCCACUACGAUAUUGUCUAUCCGGUAGAAUACACGGUCAAUGCUGCUCUUUGCCAGUCUAUUCUGUAUGAAAUUCUGUACGAGAAAGUGUUCGGGGUCGAUGUGAGUAAAAUCUUAAAAGAACUCAGCCCUCCUGAAGUGACUAAGGAUGCCGACGGAAACAGUGAAGCGUCUGAUUCAGAGGACGGAGACAUGGAGUAA